AUGGCCCCCAAGGCGGAGAAGAAGCCGGCGGCCAAGAAGCCCGUAGAGGAGGAGCCGGCGGCGGAGCCGGCCGCGAAGGCCCCUGCCACGAAGAAGCCCAAGGCCGGGAAGAGCCUUCCGGCGGGGAAAACCGCCUCCAAGGAGGGCGGCGACAAGAAGGGCAAGAAGAAGGCCAAGAAGAGCGUGGAGACCUACAAGAUCUACAUCUUCAAGGUGCUCAAGCAGGUCCACCCCGACAUCGGCAUCUCCUCCAAGGCCAUGUCCAUCAUGAACUCCUUCAUCAACGACAUCUUCGAGAAACUUGCCGGCGAGGCCGCCAAGCUCGCCCGCUACAACAAGAAGCCCACCAUCACCUCCCGGGAGAUCCAGACCUCCGUCCGCCUCGUCCUCCCCGGCGAGCUCGCAAAGCACGCCGUCUCUGAGGGCACCAAGGCCGUCACCAAGUUCACCUCAUCUUAGAUCUGCUUCGUUUGCUGUUCUUAGCAACUGUAGUGGCCGGUGGUAGUUAGAUCUGU